CAAGGUAGUAUGCAUAAACAUUGUAGAGUGCAUUAUUGUGGUAGAGUGCCUAAUCGUGGUAGAGUGCCUAGUUGUAAUAAAGUACGUAAUAGUAGUCAGAAACUUCCUCUGUCAACUUGGGAAAAAGUUAAUAAAGAUGUUCCUAGUAAUCUAAUGGAUUUUCCUGAACUUUUUCAAGAGGGUUUAAAUGUUAGAAUGGGGAAAAACCCAACUUGUCUUGAUUUUUUUGAACUUUACUUUCCAGAUGAACUUAUAACUUUGUUAGUUGCAGAAACCAAUCGGUAUGCAAGGCAGUUUUUUGCUGCUAAUCCAGAUAACUCUUCUUUGUGGGAGGAAACUAAUGUUGCAGAAAUUAAAACCUUUAUUGCUGUCAUUCUUUUAAUGGGAGUUAUUUAUAAACCCAAACUAAUUAUGUAUUGGUCAAAAGAUGCAUUGUAUAAUACUCCAAUUUUUUCAGAAGUUAUUAGUCGAAAUCGUUUUAAUAUAUUAUUAAAGUUUUUUCAUUUUAAUAACAAUGAAGAUGAAAAUUAUGAUGCAACUGAUGAAAACAGAGAUCACCUUCACAAAGAAUAUAUUAAAACCAAAGGUGCUCAUUUUAGGAUAAAGUUAUAUGAACUAGCAACUUCAGAAGGAAUAACACUAGACUUCCAUGUAUACUGUGGUAAAGGAAUGUUUGCUGAUGAUGAUAUAAAUGAUCAGAUGCCUUCAUCAGCAAGAAUACCAUCUGUGUUGAUGGAACCUUUUGUGGGUCAAGGUCACACUCUUUAUGCAGACAAUUAUUACACUAGUACAACACUUGCUAAGUAUUUUCUUGAUAACAAGACACAUCUAUGUGGCACAGUUAGGUCAAAUCGAUAUAAUUAUUCAAAAGAUAUUCUUAAUGAGGUUUUAGAAAAAGGGGAUGCAUUUUUUUAUAAAAAUAAUGAUGCAAACAGUCAAAUGCUGGCUUGCAAAUUCCUUUCAUUGAAAGAUAAAGCUUCAGGUAAACAAAAAGUUGUCUACAUGCUAUCAGCAUGUCACCAACCAUCCAUGAGACUUAUUGAAAAUACUCGUGGAAUAAAUAUUCAAAAACCAAUUUGUGUAAAAGAAUACAAUAGCCACAUGGGUGGUGCAGAUCUAUUUGACCAACAACUCCAGAGCUUGCCCCUGUUAUGAAAAACUUACAAGUGGUAUCGUAAACUAGCAUUGAGGCUUAUUUCUUAGGGUAUUUUAAAUAGCCAUAAAGUUUUUGUAAAGUACACUUGCCACAAGAGUACCACUUUCUUAGAUUUUCUUCACAACAUAAUUAAAGUAAUAUUUUUAUCAUCACCAAAGUUAAACAAAUCACUUGUUCCUGAUGGUACUAUACACAGGCUUACUGGGCGUCAUUUUCCAGGAACCAAACAGCCAUCACAUUAUGAAACAGAUAGACGUCCAUUUAAAUUAUGCAGAGUUUGCUAUGCACGACGAAUUUUUAAUAACAAUGGCAAACCACUAAAAACUGUGCAUGUAUGCAAAACUUGCCCCGGUGAGCCAGGGCUACAUAUUGAUAGCUGCUUUGAAAUCUAUCACACAGUGCUAGAUUUAGUAUAGAAAUUAGUGUAUACCCAUGUUUCUUUAUUUGACAUGUCUUACUGUUGUUACUUUUUGAUUUUUUGAUUUGCUUUUGUUCUUUUUUGAAGAAAGCAUCAUAGUUUAUAUUUUUGACCUAAAGACUCACUAAUCUAAUAAAUAUAAUAACUUAUGAUAAAAUAAUGUUCAAGACUUGAAACUUUUCAGAAUUACUUAUUAUAUAUGUCUGAUUGUUGACUCUAAAUUUGAAAAAUAUCUGAUGAAAAUAAGAUACAUUUUUAUUUAAUUAAACUUACAAUUAAAAUAUUAUUUAGUUUUCAAAAUCCGCCGUUAUUGAUCACAAGACCUGAUGAUUUUUUUUUUUUAGUUUUAGUUUUAUUUUAUGAAAGAUAAAUUGCUACUUUUAAAAGGAGCCAAUUUUUAAAUAAAUUGAACAUUUUUUAAACCCAUAAUGAAGUUUCGAUGGUAGUUGGGUUAAAACACCAUUUUUUGUCACGGUAGUAUAAGGUUGCCGAGCCCGGUAACGAAAGGGUUAAGAAAGUUUAAGAAGAUAUAAUUUUUUUUUUUUUUUAAAUGUAAUUUUUUAUUAC